AGCCCCGAAGGCACUUUGUUUGGGGCCACUAUUUUCCUGUUGGUCACAUGCAGGACCUGGCCAUGAAGGGUUUCACAGUGGCCCUCCUCGUCUGGACUCUGAUAUCUCCCAGCAGCUGCAGCAAAGCCUGGCCCACACACACGGUCUGCCGGGAUGGGGACCUGGAAGUGCUCUACCAGAGCUGUGGCUAUUAGGCUGAAGGUGAAAAAUCCUCUUUCCAGCCCCAAGCUGUGCAGCAGGAGAACCUGGCAGAAGCCGGCAGGCACCAGGCUCCUGGGGAUGAAGGAGCACCCAGCUGACAAGAGCCCCUGCUACGCUGAUCCAUUACAAGAUUUCGGCUUUUCUGUUGACCGGUGUUCGAAACAUUUAAAGUCAAAUCUCAACAUUAGAUUUGGAAUCAUUCUGAGAGAGGACAUCAAAGAGCUGUUUCUUGACAUAGCUCUCUUCAAUAAAGGAUCAUCCAUUUUGAAUUUCUCCUAUCCCAUCUGUGAAGAGGAUCUUCCCAAGUUCUCUUUCUGUGGAAGAAGGAAAGGGGAGCAGAUUUAUUUUGCUGGCCCCAUCAAUAAUCCUGGAAUUGAAAUUCCUGAGGGGGAAUACCAGGUUCUGCUGGAACUGUACAAUGAGAACCGUUCCACCGUGGCCUGCGCCAACGCCACUGUCACUCACUCCUGAGCAGCAGAACCUGGAGCAUUCUGUGUCUGCCGGGAGCCGCCAGCGGCUAACGCUGAACCUGUUCGAAAAGCCAGUCCACGGCCACGGAGAGGCUCACCUGAGGGGCAGGGGCAGAUGUAGCCCCAGGACCAGACGUCCUCAGACUCCACGCGUGUGCAUGCUUCUAAGGCACCUCCUGGCAGUCACGAUGCCAUCCUGUGGGCCCAUCGUCCUCCGCGUGGCCAGACUCACCUGCUUCUCAGCUCCUCCGGAGCACGUCCCCAGGUACCCAGAAUAAAGAAAGCUGGCCCACAGUCGUUCCUCA